AUGGUUAGAAAGGCGUCUGGGACUGUGCUUCCUGGCGCUGCUGCUGCUGCAUUGGCUGCUGUUGGUGUGAGGGAGGAGGGGGGAGGAGGAGGAGGAGGAGGAGGAGGAGGAGGAGGAGGAGGAGGAGGAGGAGGAGGAGGAGGAGGAGGAGGAGGAGGAGGAGGAGGAGGAGGAGGAGGAGGAGGAGGCGGAGGAGGAAGAGGAGGAGGAGAAAAGGGAAGAGAGAAGGAGAGGGGCAAGGCAAAGGGAAGCUUACCAUCUCUGCGUGGCGGCGGUAGGGAGGAGAAGGAGGAGGGGAAGGGGGAAACGGAGGAGGGAAGGGUGGGGAGGGAGAUGAGGAAGGAUGAAGUUGGGGACGGGAGGGCGGAGGAGGGGCAAGAAGGGAGGAGUGAACAGAGAGAGGGAGACGGAAAGGUGAUGAGAGUAAUCAAGAGCCACUCCUAUGGUGAGGAGAAGGCGAAGAGAGUGGAGCAAGGUGAGCAGAGUGGAAAGAGAGAGGGCGGCAACACUUCAAGAAAUUCUCAAAAGCUAUCUCUUCUCAUUCCUAAGCCUUCUUUUCCCAAGCUACCUGGCCCUUCUAUCCCUGCCUCUUCCUCUCUUGACCGUUCCAUCUUCCCUCACCUCUCCUCCUCCUCUUCCCCUCUCUCUUCCCCUCUCUCCUCCCGUCUCUCCUCCCCGCUCUCCUCCCCUCUCUCCUCCCCUCUCCUUCGUUCCCCUCGCCCUGUUCCGGCUCCUCUCUCCCCUCCCUCCCCUCCCACGGCCAAUAGCAGCAUCCCCGUUACUAGCACACUCAAUAGCAGCAGCUCCGUUACUAGCACACUCCAUAGUGGCACGACUAGCAUCAGCAUAGCUGCUGGGGCUAUGACUGGUCAUGGGACGUCCUCUCUAGAACAGGAGGGUGCUGAAACGCGUUCGGGAGGAGGGGGAGAGAGUAAGGAGGGAGGAGGGGGAGAGAGUGGGAGAGGAAGAGGGGAAGAGAGCGGGAAUGGAGAGAGAGAAGAGGGUGCAGGUGUAGCGUGUGGAGUGGCAGGGGUGGGCGAAGCAAGGAGGCAGGGCAGUAGCAGUAGCAGUGGCAGUGGCAGUGGCAGUGGCAGUGGCAGUGGCAGUGGCAGUGGCAGUGGCAGUGGCAGUGGCAGUGGAAGGGGAAGGCAUAGACGUGCUCUCUCUGUCACGGAUGCCUGUAUCCCUGUCACCCUCUCCCCCUCCUCCGUUCCCACUCCCUCCUCCUCCGCCUCCUCCUCCUCCUCCUCCUCCUCCUCCUCCUCCUCCUCCUCCUCCUCCUCCUCCUCCUCCUCCUCCUCCUCCUCCUCCUCCUCCUCCUCCUCCUCCUCCUCCUCCUCCUUCAGCAGCACCACCACCACUAGCGAGGGGGAGGAGGAGGAGGAGGAGGAGGAGGAGGAAAAGGAGGAGGAGGAGGAGGAGGAGGAGGAGGAGGGGGAGGAGGAGGAGGAGGAGGAAAAGGAGGAGGAGGAGGAGGAGGAGGAGGAGGAGGGGGAGGAGGAGGAGGAGGAGGAAAAGGAGGAGGAGGAGGAGGAGGAGGAGGAGGAGGAGGAGGAGGAGGAGGAGGAGGAGGAGGAGGAGGAGGAGGAGGAGGAGGAGGAGGAGGAGGAGGAGGAGGAAAAAGGAGGGGGUGGACUCAAAAUUCGGGAGGGGGAGGAGGAGGAGGAGGAGGAGGAGGAGGAGGAGGAGGAGGAGGAGGAGGAGGAGGAGGAGGAGGAGGAGGAGGAGGAGGAGGAGGAGGAGGAGGAGGAGGAUGAGGAUGGUGAUGAGUUUACCCCGAUUGCCAUGCCGAGACUUUUGUAUGGACCCAAAAGUCAGGAGAGCAAUGCUGGGGAUGAUGGGGAUGAUGGUGAUGAGCUUACUCCGAUUGCCACGCCUAUAGCAACUGCUGUGGCCGUUUCACCAUCCAACUCCCCUGUGCUUCUUUGGAGGAGGAAUGAAGUGGAGGAAGGAGGACAAGAGGAGGAGGAGGAAGAGGAGGAUGAGGAAGAGUUCACUCCGAUUGCUGCUCCUGUGGUCUCUCACUCCUUGUCUGCACUCGAGCAGCAAAAACAGUCCAGGUUCAAUGAAUCUCCAAGGGCUGCUGCUGCUCCUGCUGCUGCUGCUGCUCCUGCUGCUGCUGCUGCUCCUGCUGCUGCUGCUGCUGCUCCUGCUGCUGCUGCUGCUCCUGCUGCUGCUGCUGCUGCUCCUGCCGCUGCUGCUCCUGCCGCUGGUGCUAGUAACAUUACAGGUGGUGCCGUUGCAGGUGGGGUUUCAGUAGGUGAAAUUUCAGGUGGGGUUUCACUAGGUGGUACCGGUGGGAGGCCCAGGCACAGGCAGUGCCAGUCGUUUUCCGGCUUUGACUUUGGCUCAGAUGCACCGGGACAGGCGUUUCCUGAGGCACAGCCUCAAAAGCUCAGGUUCAGUGUAUCUGGACAGGCAAUGUUUGAGGCGCAGCCUAAAGUGGUCAGGUUCAAUGUACCUGGAGAAGACGACAGGGGGGAGGCGGGUGGCGGGGAAAAUCCGGGGCAAACGGGGGGAGUGGAGCAACUGAGGGCGCGACGAGAAGAGGAGACGGGAUGGGAAGAGGGUGUGAUGAGCAGCAAAGCACGGUUUGCCAUCCCGGGACGGGAUGGGGAGAGGGGAAGAACUGAAAUCUUCAGGGCUGCUUCUGCUGCUGCUGCCGCUGCUGCUCCUGCUGCUGCUCUUGCCGCUGCUGCCGCUCCUGCUGCUGCUCGUGCUGCUGCCGCCGCUGCUGCUGGCAGUGAUGGGGUUUCAGGUGGUGGAAAUUCAGGUGGCUGGGCAUCGUCAGGUGAAAUUUCAGGUAGUGGGGGCAGUGGUAUGACCAGGCACAGGCAGUGCCAGUCGUUUUCCAGCCUUGACUUCGGCGUGAAUGCGUGGGUUAUGGGGAGCGGCAAAGACGGAGGGAGAGGAGUGGCUAUAGCGAGCACAGGGCCAGGGACAUGGUCUCUUGGAACCCCCCCACCCAAGGCAUCCUCAGCGGCAGAAGCUUCAGCACAGCUUAUCCAAGCAGCACCGUCCCAAGCCCAAGAGGAACAGGAGGAGGGACUGGGGUUCCCAAGUCCCCAAGAGGAGGGGACAUGGUCUCUUGGAACCCCCCCACCCAAGGCAUCCUCAGCAGAAGGAGCUUCAGCUCCGUAA